AUGGUGUGGAAAUCUGUAUCUUUUGCAGGAUUUGUUUCUGUGGAAGUUGAGUCUUCGCCUCUUCCUUGUGUUGUGUCUGAUGAGGUCACAAACGUUGCAUGUGGGGCUGAGUUCACAGUGUGGUUAUCUUCUACUGAAGGAGCCACUAUACUGACUGCUGGACUCCCACAGUAUGGUCAGCUUGGUCAUGGAACUGAUAAUGAGUUCAAUAUGAAGGAUAGCUCGGUUAAACUUGCCUACGAAGCUCAGCCACGUCCUAAAGCCAUAGCCUCUCUGGCGGGUGAAACAAUUGUCAAAGUUGCAUGUGGAGCAAAUCACACAGAUAUUGGUUUUGUCAAUUGCAGGCUUGGGCAUAGGGAGCAGAAAGAUGAAUGGUCUCCUCGCCGCAUUGAUGUGUUUCAGAGACACAAUGUUUUGCCUCCUAAUGCCAUUGUCUCUGCUGGCUCUGCAAACUCCGCUUGUACUGCUGGUGGGGGGCAGUUAUACAUGUGGGGAAAGAUUAAGAACAAUGGUGAUGAUUGGAUGUACCCCAAACCUAUGAUGGAUUUAAGUGGGUGGAACUUGCGUUGGAUGGAUUCAGGAAGCAUGCAUCAUUUUGUUGGUGCGGAUAGUUCUUGCAUAAGCUGGGGUCAUGCUCAGUAUGGAGAACUUGGUUAUGGCCCCAACGGUCAAAAAUCAUCUGCAGCGCCUAAGAAGGUGGAUAUACUUGAGGGAAUGCAUGUAAUGGGUGUGGCAUGCGGUUUAUCCCAUUCUAUGGUCAUAGUUGACAGAACAGAUAUCACUGAUCGUCUUGAGCAGUUAGAGAUCUACGAUGGGAAAGGAUCAUUAGAAGAGACUGUAGAAGAACCAAAAGAAGAAGCUGUGGCAACAACAAAGCAACAACCUGCCAAAAGAGGUGCUACUAAAAAGAGGAAAGCGUCAAAAGCUUCUUCUGAGUCUGAACAAGACAGUGAUGAAGAAAACAGCGACAAAGAGAAGAAGGAAGCUCAAGGCAGUGACAGCGACUACAGUGAAGAUGGAGAAGAAGAAGCCAAUGGCAAGAAACAGAGCACUCGCGGCAGAGGACGUGGCCGUGGAGGAAGAGGCCGUGGCGGCCGCACCGCUAAUGGAAAAGCUGCACCAGUGAAGACCGGUGGAAGAAGAGGAAGACCACGUAAGUCUUAG